AUGAUCUCCUCGCUUAGUCCAAUCCCUUCGCUACCUGAACCCUUCGGACCGCACAAGGUCGGAACAGCAGAAUGGGAGAUCCCAAUCUCGGAGAUCCCUUCGCCUUCGCCCGUUCCUGAUCCUCAAAUCUCAACCAUCAAAUUCCGAGUCUUCUACCCGACUCUCCCAACGGCCACUUCCAAGAUCUCUGCACCGUGGCUUCCACAACCGCAACGGGCAUGGAGUGAAGCAUAUGCCUCAUUCCUGGGCGCAAGCCCCAGGCUGUCCUCAAUCUUCGCACGCUUCACCUUCUUCCUCAACUACACCAGUCUCCCGGCCAUAGCCGACGUGCCACUCCAGCCUCGAGAUCGAGACCAGUCCUCCGGAUACCCGGUGGUCAUCUUCUCUCACGGACUGGGAGGCAACUUCAAUGCUUACAGCGCAGUGUGUGCAUCACUGGCAAGUUUCGGCAUCGUGUGCGUGGCACCAGAGCACCGUGAUGGCAGCGCUCCUGUUUCCUUCAUCCGCUCUGCGGACGGAAAUAUUGCCUCCUCAAUCGACUACCGGAGAUACCCUCACACACCCACCCAGGAGGUCCUUACCUCUCGCAACGCUCAACUGCGCAUCCGGCUAUGGGAGUUGGAGCAAUUGUUCACCGUCCUGAGCAGUCUCGAUUCGGGCGAAAGACGAUUCUCCAACUACGCCACCGCCCCUGGAGACAGGUCCAGUGGACCAUCAGACUCACAAUCCUGGAAAGACCAACUAGACUUGCGACCCGGCCGGAUAACGUGGGCGGGCCAUUCCUUCGGCGCUUGUACUAUGGUCCAAUUCGUGAAGUCGGUCUACUACCACCAAUCAGCUCCCUCACUGGCAGGUACGCCGUACGAAAACGACUUUGACUGGCGCCCCCUGUACAAACCCGCAGCGAACAGCGACCUCCUCCAUCAGAUCACGCCAGAGUCGCCUAUCGCAUUGCUCGAUCUGUGGGCCAUGCCUCUACGAGCCGAACAGACCAGCUGGUUGUGGGAGAAGCCGCUUCCCUGCUACGACCGAGAUCUCAAGGACAACGACAAGACCACUCCGAACGUGGUCGCAAUUGUGACUGCCGAAUUUCACAAGCACCCCGAGCUGCUGAAUCGGAUGCGAGCCGCCCUGUCGCCCAAUCCAGCCGAGGCCCUGAGUAUGCUGGAGAAUCAGAGCAGCACGAGUCCCGACCCUCGUCAAGAACGAGAGGAGCUCACAGAAACCACAGCCUUCUCCACAGCUUCAUACACAGGUCCAUCUGAAAACAACGCUGCGGUUGUCGAGGUCCAGCCCGGCGUAAACUCGAACGCGAACUCGAAGUCCAACUCGGUCUCACCCGACACGUCCUCCGUUCCCAGCCGCAUAUCAUCCCCUAAUCCCGGCACGAGCGACAACCCCAGCCCUGCGUCGUCCACCACUUCGGUUUCGUCGACGUCCUCUUCUCCUUCCGCCUCCGAUCAAAACCCGAUCUCGAACCAGAACUCCGCUCACCCAUCCCAUCCGAAGUUAUUUCUGAUUCCUUCGAGCGCCCAUCUCUCCCAGUCCGAUUUCGGCCUCUUGUUCCCCAGACUGGUCCGGUAUGUCACCAAAGCCGAGGAUCCGGAAGAGAUCAUUGCUUUGAACGUGCGGGCUGUGCUCAGCGUAAUGCGCGGCGUCGGGCUGGACGUUGAACCGUUUAAGCGGUCUCGAGAUUCCAAGAUCGCGGGAAAAGAGAACACCCCCGUGGACGAAGACGACAUCUUGACUGAACGGUGCCAGGAGAAGAGAGUUAUUCCGGUGCCCCUUCUGGAUUAG